ACCCUAGCUUAUUUCUUUCACUCCCUCUUUCCCUCACAGGCUCUCUCUCUCUCUCUCUCUCUCUAGCGGAGGAAAACUAUGGCGACGGGUACAGCGGCAACAACAGCGGCAGCACCAGCAACACGUGCUCUGUCGCAAAAAGAACUAGACAUCCAAAUGAUGUUAGCUGCCGAAGUCCAUUUGGGCACUAAAAACUGCGAUUUCCAGAUGGAACGUUACGUUUUCAAGCGCCGCAACGAUGGAAUUUAUAUUAUCAAUCUUGGGAAGACAUGGGAGAAGCUGCAAUUAGCUGCUAGGGUCAUUGUUUCUAUUGAGAACCCACAAGAUAUAAUUGUCCAAUCUGCAAGGCCUUAUGGUCAAAGAGCUGUUCUUAAAUUUGCACAGUAUGCUGGUGCUCAUGCUAUUGCUGGAAGGCAUACCCCUGGUACAUUUACUAAUCAGCUUCAAACUUCAUUCAACGAGCCUCGUCUUUUGAUCCUUACUGAUCCAAGGACUGAUCACCAGCCUAUUAAGGAAGCAGCUCUUGGAAAUAUUCCGACUAUUGCUUUCUGUGACACAGAUUCUCCAAUGGGGUUUGUGGAUAUUGGCAUUCCUGCUAAUAACAAAGGCAAGCACAGUAUUGGCUGUCUCUUCUGGUUGUUAGCAAGAAUGGUUCUACAGAUGCGCGGUACUAUUCCUCAGGGUCACAAGUGGGAUAUUAUGGUGGACUUAUUUUUCUACCGGGAGCCUGAAGAAGCCAAGGAACAAGAAGAGGAGGAAGCAGUACCAAGUGCCGAAUAUGCACUUCCUUCUACUGAUUUUGGACUUGCUUCUACUGACUGGAUGAACCCAAGCGCUGAAAACCAGUGGUCUGCUGAUGCAGCUCAACCACCUAUUUCUGCUGUACCUGUCGCCAACAUGCAUCCAGAUCAAGCUUCAGGUGGAGUCUCUGCAGAAUGGGAUGCAGCUGCUCCCCCACCUCAGUUUGCACCACCUGCUGCUGCUGCUCCCCCACCUCAGUUUGCACCACCUGCUGCUGCUGCUGGCUGGGAAUGAAGCAAGGAACUUCAAUACCUUGUUUUGCAUUGGUUUUAUCGUUCUGAGCACAGUUUCGUUUUACAGAUUUGACUAGAAAUUUUGACAUUUACUUUUGAUUCAGUAAUGCAGUAUUUUCUUGUUGCCAAUUUUGCUUUAUCUGGAUUCGACGGUGUUGGAAUUUUUUUGAAUUAUAAAUUCAUUUGAAGAAUGUAA